CAGUGUCCUUUCGCCGCCAUCCUCUAAUGACAACGCUUUGUUGAGAAAACGAGGGCGUUAGAGAAAGGAAGAGUGAAGGACAGAGGGCUCUGCUGCCUGGCUGGGAAGGUCUCAGUCACAGCCUGUGAGACGGCCGGCGGGACAUUGUUCAUCCUCAUUCAUUCUUGGAGAAAAAGAGACACACAUUGUUUAAAGCAGCUUAUUUAAGAAAUGUUGGUAUUUUCCCCUAAAAUGUUUGUAUGCAUAAAUGACCUUGAACUGGCCAAGGUACAGCACAGACCCCGCUACUCCCCCCUUGCCCCAGCUUCUUAAAAUACAGCAGGCUCUACUGCACCUAUCACUGUUUCACAGGGUAAAAAUAAAAGCAUUGUCAGGAGCAUUGUUAUGGGAUUAAAGUCUCUCGUUCUGAAAAUAGGUAUGUUCGUUUUGCUUUGAUAGUUAUUUUCCCCUUACUGCCUGGGUUUUACUUUAGCAUUCUUAGAGUAACUAGGGAUGAUGAUAAUAUUUCAUUCCAUCAGCGCCUCUUGCAAUGCUCCUCACCUGAAUAAAAUGCAUGUGCCCUAAUGCCAACAGAAUGAUUUGGGCAAAUUCAGGAAGUUCCACACAUGCCAUGAAGUGAAAUUCCUCAUGGUGUCUGUCUUCCAGAAGUGACACAUGAAAAACUGGCAAUGAGCACACUGCUCACUAAAUAAGAGGCCAAAGAGAAAAGAAUCUACCGGAAACUUCCGGAAUUAAAGAGUCCAGGCUCAUGUUGUGAUAGUGAUUAUUCCUCAUAACCAGUGUUGUGGCGACAACUGACUCACUGGCGGUCGGGUGGACUCCCCCCUUGGUGUGCACAGGCGCCUGCCCCAAGGACACACUUCAAAGAUGGCUCUGAACCCAGAUUCUGCAGCUUCCCCCGGGCGGAGAGUUAAGCCACCCCGUGGGCAUGAGUCGUGUUUUUCCUUUGAAGAGAUGUUUCCCAGCUGCAAUGAAUGUGUGGCAUUUGCCAUGACAAAAGAAUAAAACCCUUCAAGAAAUGUGGGUUCUCAUUCUCAUUUCUUUUUCUCCCUUUCCCUCUGUAAAACUUUUUUUUCUGAAUUAUCUUCCAAGUUCUUUUCCAAAACAUUAGUCUUUCUCUCCUCUUCCCCUACCUCCCAGAUGAACGAAUUUCCCCAGAAUAAAUGGAUUUCCUUGUUGUAGCCUCACUGUUUACCAAGUGCCUGGCUGGCUGCUAAAUAGCCACAAACCGCACACCGCAUCCGUUAUUACCGUGAGGCUUAGGCAGCUUGGCUGUGGGGGGCAGUGUGGGCGGCUGGGCUAACCCAGGAGAGCUGGAAGACUUUGGACAAGUCUGCUACUCUGUUGGUGCCUCAGUUUCCUCACGAGUGAGAGGAGAGGGUGGGCAGGCUAAGCCUUCUUUUUCCUAAUAGCCCUGAGCCAGCUCAGUUGGCAGAGGAGCCGGGUUCGUUCUGGAGCCCUGACCUUGAUGUUAAGUUCAGGAUUGCACCAAAGUCAACCUCAGUCCCCAGACAGGGCAGGACUGACCGCUAGUUCUCCUUGGCCUGGGGAAGCCAGUGGGGAUCCGUGCCCUGGGCAGACCUCAUUGCUAUCCCAGGCUGAUUUUUCCAUGUCCUCUUUCAUGAGAAAUGCACGACUGAUGUUUUCUUGUAGGGGCCAGAAAAGCAUUUUUCAGAGCUUCUUGGCAGCACAUAUUGAAGAUCUUUGGCUCCCUGGGGCCUUAGCGCAUGGAAGGAGGGUGGAGCUGAUGGGUCUGCUGGCCACGGCUUGGCAACAGGGAAGCUGUUUGUGGUCUCCAGUUACUCCCUGGCCAGCCAACAGAGCCCUACUAUACCCGGCCCUGGCCCCACAGCCGGCCUGGCUGCACAUAGUGCUUCCAACGUGGCGGUCCUGCCCCUUCCUUCCCCUGUGGUCUCAAAACCAUUCCCCCUCCCAGCUGCUGGGCUUGCUCCAAAGGGAAAGUGAGAGAUCGGAAGGCUAACACAAACCUGUCUUCGUGACUCAUUACUUCUCUUAAUCAUAGAGACCAACUGGUCUAUACCAGGGCUGUCUAUUAGAAUUAUCUGGGGAGGUUUUAAAAAAGACCAGCCCCCCGCUCCACUCUAGAGCAAUUGAUUCAGAAUCUCUGGGGGUGGGGGGGACACUGAUUACUAUUUUUUAUAAGCUCAUUUGUGUGCCUCCAGGGAAGCCAUCCCAUUGGCAACACUGAUUGCUUACUGGGUUAAUAAUGACCUUAUGUACUCAUUAGAGGAAAUGUAGAAGUCCUGGGCCGGUAUGGUCAUGAAAUUCACACCCACUUGGGAAAUGCAAUCAUCCAAUUGUUUGCCAUCAGCUGCAAAUCGAUAGAUAGAUCGGAGCUUAGCCAAUGGCUAGCUAGCCUUUAGGGAUAGCGCUUACGUUGUUGACUGUGCAGCCAGAAAUGGGUUUCUGCUGAUUCAUUUGAAUCAGUGACUCCCCAGCUUAAAUGAGUGAAACAGAUCACUUGGACAGCUUGUUAGUGUGGAGAGCUUCCGACUCCUUGGGUGUAGUGUUAAGUCUGAGAAUUUGCAUUAAAAAUUUUUUUAACUUAAAAGUUUUAUUUUGAAAUAUAGAUAUAUCUAUACAUCUUUUUUGUUUUUAUUUUUUUGAGACAGAGUUACACUCUGUCACCCAGACUGGAGUGCAGUGGCGUGAUCAUGGCUCACUGCAGCCUCGACCUCCCAGGCUCAAGGGAUCCUCCCACCUCAGCCUAAGGAACUAGGACUACAGGCACGCCCCACGACGCCUGGCUCAUUUUUAUUCUUUUACAUAUUUUUUGUAGAGAUAGAGUCUCACUGUUGCCCAGGCUGGUCUCAAACUCCUGAGCUCAAGAGGCCUCCCAAAGUGCUGCGAUUACAGGCAUGAGCCACCGCGCCCGGCCAGAAUCGACACUUUUAACAGGAGUCCCAUAUAGGCCUCAUGCCGGUGGUCUGAAAACCACAUUUUGGAAAUCUUGUUUAUGCCGCCUUCUUAUCUCUUGCAAAGAAUCUCCUACGACCCGGCGAGGUACCCCAGGUACCUGCCUGAAGCCUACUGCCUGUGCCGGGGCUGCCUGACCGGGCUGUUCGGCGAGGAGGACGUGCGCUUCCGCAGCGCCCCUGUCUACAUGCCCACCGUCGUCCUGCGCCGCACCCCCGCCUGCGCCGGCGGCCGUUCCGUCUACACCGAGGCCUACGUCACCAUCCCCGUGGGCUGCACCUGCGUCCCCGAGCCGGAGAAGGACGCAGACAGCAUCAACUCCAGCAUCGACAAACAGGGCGCCAAGCUCCUGCUGGGCCCCAACGACGCGCCCGCUGGCCCCUGAGGCCGGUCCUGCCCCGGGAGGUCUCCCCGGCCUGCAUCCCGAGGCGCCUAAGCUGGAGCCGCCUGGAGGGCUCGGUCGGCGACCUCUGAAGAGAGUGCACCGAGCAAACCAAGUGCCGGAGCACCAGCGCCGCCUUUCCAUGGAGACUCGUAAGCAGCUUCAUCUGACACGGGCAUCCCUGGUUUGCUUUUAGCUACAAGCAAGCAGCGUGGCUGGAAGCUGAUGGGAAACGACCCGGCACGGGCAUCUUGUGUGCGGCCCGCAUGGAGGGUUUGGAAAACUUCACGGAGGCUCCCGGAGGAGCCUCUCAGAUCGGCUGCUGCGGGUGCAGGGCGUGACUCACCGCUGGGUGCUUGCCAAAGAGAUAGGGACGCACAUGCUUUUUAAAGCAAUCUAAAAAUAAUAAUAAGUAUAGCGACUAUAUACCUACUUUUAAAAUCAACUGUUUUGAAUAGAGGCAGAGCUAUUUUAUAUUAUCAAAUGAGAGCUACUCUGUUACAUUUCUUAACAUAUAAACAUUGUUUUUUACUUCUUCUGGUAGAAUUUUUUUAAGCAUAAUUGGAAUCCUUGGAUAAAUUUUGUAGCUGGUACACUCUGGCCUGGGUCUCUGAAUUCAGCCUGUCACCGAUGGCUGACUGAUGAAAUGGACACGUCUCAUCUGACCCACUCUUCCUUCCACUGAAGGUCUUCACGGGCCUCCAGGUGGACCAAAGGGAUGCACAGGCGGUUCGCAUGCCCCAGGGCCAGCUAAGAGUUCCAAAGAUCUCAGAUUUGGUUUUAGUCAUGAGUACAUAAACAGUCUCAAACUCUCACAAUUUUUCCCCCUUUUGAAAGCCACUGGGGCCAAUUUGUGGUUAAGAGGUGGUGAGAUAAGAAGUGGAACGUGACAUCUUUGCCAGUUGUCAGAAGAAUCCAAGCAGGUAUUGGCUUAGUUGUAAGGGCUUUAGGAUCAGGCUGAAUAUGAGGACAAAGUGGGCCACGUUAGCAUCUGCAGAGAUCAAUCUGGAGGCUUCUGUUUCUACAUUCUGCCACGAGAGCUAGGUCCUUGAUCUUUUCUUUAGAUUGAAAGUCUGUCUCUGAACACAAUUAUUUGUAAAAGUUAGAAGUUCUUUUUAAAUCAUUAAAAGAGGCUUGCUGAAGGAUA